GCCCCGAAAAGUGACCAAAACAAUACGCAUCACAAAGAAAGACUACAGCAAUUUUAGUGAACCGUACAGUGCGGGAAAACGGCCGCAGCUCAGCGUCGCAAUCUCCAGUUGCUUUGCGAAUAUAUACUACAGUGAUCGAUUGAGAGAUGGUUUCGCCAGUGACAGUGAAGUCAACAAAUGAGAGCGCCUGGGGACACGCAGGGCCUGGGUUAACCUCUACAUCACCAGAGGAACAGAGGAGGAGUAGGAUAAGGGUGAAGAGCGAGGGCCCAAAACUGGUGCCCUUCUUCAAGUCUACCUGUGUCUACUUCGUCCUGUGGCUACCAACCUCAAGCCCUUCUUGGUUCAGCGCCCUCAUCAAGUGUCUACCCAUCUUCUGCCUGUGGCUCUUCAUGCUGGCCCACGGCUUCAGCUUCUUAGGUGCCCACUCCAGUGCCCGCAAGAUCCUGGCCGGUCUCAUCUUCUCUAGCCUGGGAGAUGCCUUUCUCAUCUGGCAGGAGGAUGGCUACUUUAGCCACGGUUUGCUGAUGUUUGCCAUCUCCCACAUCCUCUACUCCUCGGCCUUCGGUAUGAAGCCCCUGAACCCGCUUGCCGGCCUGGUGAUCGGCGCCAUUUCGUCUGUGAGCUACGCCCUGCUAUACCCCUACCUCUCAGGCCCCUUCACCUACCUAGUGGGGGUCUAUAUCGCCCUGAUCGGCUUCAUGGGCUGGCGGGCCGUGGCCGGCCUCCAGUUGGCCAAUGACCUGUGGACCUGGACCAAGAUGUCGGCAUGCCUGGGCGCUGUACUCUUCAUGGUCUCCGACCUCACUAUUGCCGUUAACAAGUUCUGCUUCCCUGUGCCGCACUCACGCGCCAUUAUCAUGGCCACCUACUACGCCGCGCAGAUGCUGAUCGCGCUCUCUGCCGUCGAGUGCCAGGAUGUGGAGACGGCAAGGAAGAUGGCAUGAAGAGGAGAGAGCGAGGUCGCGUCACGUGAUCAAGAAGAUGUGAACGGGGCAGCCAAUCCCCCUUGUUUUUGUCAUGGACAUAUUCCAGAGACAGUUACCCCCAAACCCCCUGCUUUGGUUGUAGCGUGGCAUUUGCACACCCGUGUUACCAUGGAAACUAGUGUACUACCACCAGCCUGCCCCAUGGCUAGUGGGACAGUCAAAGACCCUAGUUACCAUGGAGACAAGUGCACUACUUUUAACCCUCAACUACUGCCCUACGAUUCUCGUAGAUACGUCGUAGUUACUAGAGAGUAGUGCACUACAACUCCCCCACCUCACUGCCUAGGAUUUUGGUACAGAUGACCAUACAGAUCACCAUGUCAAGGUUUGUGUGUGGGUGCGUGUGCGUGCGUAUUAGGGUAGAGGAUUCAUAUUAUAUAACCUACAGAUGAGUGUGAAUUCUCAUGGCCUGCUACAAUAAUAGCACUUCUUCCUUCUGCCCCCCAGUCAUUGGCUGCCCUCUCCACCCCAUUUACAGUCUAAUGUGGUCCAAUAUUGCAAAUUCAAAUGGCAUAUUGUCUUUGCAACUAUUUUAUCACCAUUAUUUAAUUUAUCUCUGAAAAGGGAGUUGUUUUAGUGAAUAAGUUUGCACAUCUCGACUUGUUAUGGGGGAGGUAGUGCCCCAUAACUGCUGUCUGUUCUCAUGUAUUUAGGUGCUGUUCUCAAAGUCUGGAGCACAUCCACCCUCCUUUUUACUGAUUUUAGUCUCUUCACUUUCACUUAUUAAGACAGCCAAACUGCCUUUUGUACUUCUGCUCACCACACUCCUAUUAGAAUACAUCCUCUCUCCUGUGUCUAUGAGCCUAUGAAAAUUGCUGUGAAUGUCUACGCACACACAGAGAGAGAGAGAAUUCGUGGACUUUUACCUAGCUAGCUGUUGCUAACUCAUUUGUCCUGGGAUAUGAACAUUGGGUUGCUAUUUUAACUGAAAUCCAUAUGGUCCUUCUAUCUGCUGGAUCUUUGUAGAAUUUUGACCCAUUUUGAGUCCCACAAAAUCGUGUGUUCUCUACGCCGACAAUUAAUCUAACGGUAAAAGGGAAAACCUAGUAUGUUUUCUUUGAUUAAUCUCUCCUCAUUCAUUCUUCUUCGGAUUUUAUAUGACUGUUGGCAACCGGCAUUAAGGUGCAUGACCUCCAUCAACUAGGCUGGAGUGUGGAACUGGUUCAUCUUUCAAUCACUCACGUGGGUUUGUAUGCUCCUAAAAACCAAAGAGUAGAUGGGAUAGGCAUGACUUGCCGCGCCAAAUAGAACCAAGUUCUAUUUUAGUGCCUGGCUAUGCAGAUGAAGUGCGUGAGCAGUUUCGAUGAAAUGAUUGAAUAACAUGUAGGUGUACAUUUAUUUUGCAACAGUCGCACACACAACGUGGCCGGUUUGGUCAGCAUGUGAGAGAGAUCAUUUGAGAGCGCCUGCUCUAGUAUUUUACCACAAUCAUACUGAUCACUCAAAAGGCGGGUCCCUUCACUGCGGUCUAAGGGGAAAAUUUUUCUUAGAUCUGUGUGUGUGUAUGUGUGUGUACCCUCUGUACCUGAGGCAUCUCACAGUAUUCCUCCUUCACUGUUUGUUACCCUGAACACGCACAAACACACACUACAUAUACACGCUUCCUUCAGGUCACACUUCAUACCCCCAGCUCCUGCUGGAUUGGUUAUUAGAAGAAGCUUUUGGUGCCCUUAUUGCUGGAACAUUUUCAUCUACCAACUGUGUGCCUUUGGCCAUAUAAAGUGUUGGCUGAAGCCAGUCCUUGUUUGGUCUGCAGUGCUUGGGCCUUCAGAGAAGAACACUGUCCUAGGACACCCUGGUCCCUUAGGGUCCAAACACAGCCAAAAAAGAGAGAGAAGACUGGCCAAUGGUUUCAUUAGCACAAGGGAACAAUUAUACCACUCAAUCCUGAUUGGUUAUACCCCCCUAGAUAGAUAUGCAGCUAUGACACUUAUCUGUCAUAGUAUUUUUCUCUGUUGCACCAGCUAUAGGGCCAUCUUUGCUGAGUUAUUGUGCUGUCUGUUUCAAGCAUAUUGACUGAAAAGAUUUCAGUGUGUAUUUAAGAAAUUUUAGAAAACAGAGACAUUGUUAUACUUGUUGCAUGUUAUUUUAGUGUGUGCGUGCGUACAAUAUGUGUGUGCGUGCAGGUGUGUGUUGAGCUCCCUUUAGGGCCGUGGCAGAAUUGCUGUGAACUAUCAUUUUGCUUGAACAUUGGCUAAAUGUACAUCAUACCGGCAUAUUCCUAUUUUGUGAUAUUUUCUCAAAAUCCUUUGGCAUUUUCUCUUCUUCUCUUCAGUCCCCCAUCUUCCUAUUAAUGGAUAUUGUCUAUAGUAUUUUCACCUGCUAUUACCUUUUCCCUUGCUGUCUCUUUCCUUUCUAUGACCCCAUAAUCAGGGAUGACUGAUUAAUGCCAGGCCAUUUUUAUGUAUGUAACGUUUUCCCAACUAGCACAUAACGUUCUGAGAACCAUAUGUUUCUUAGUGCUUUGUGAGAGAGUGAUUGUCCUAUGUUUAUUUUGCAUACAACUUGCAAGAUAAUUUCUUGGCUUUGGAACAUUCUCAGCACUUUUAAGGAACUUGACAAAAAAAUUAUAUUUUCUUGGUAUUUCAUUACUUUAACAGAAUGUUUCCUAAAAUUUCAAACAUGGUUACAUUUAAUUUCAAUUUUGGUAAUGUUCUAGGAAUGUUCUCCAACUGGUUUGACAUUGGGAAUGUUCAAAAUUGUUCAACUUCGUUAAGAAAUAACAUUCUUCAGUGGGAAUUUCAGUACUUUAGGCAUAACAUUUUACUACAGGUUUCCUCCUGGUUCCAUUUAAAGUCAUGUUCUCAAAUUGUUCCGAGAACGUUAAAAAAAACUUUUAAUAGAAACCACAAAACUUUUGUAAUGUUCAGAGAACGUUCUAGGAAUGUUAUUUAAUAACAUACAUUCCAUUCUCAGCAUCACCAAAAUUCUCUCUGUCCUCAAUCUUAAGUGUGUUCAGGUGCGUUGCCUGCGCCCACUAAUUGGCCACACCUGGUCUUAAUGAGCGUUUGUUUCCAUUGAAAUGGGGUCUGUUUGAAUAAACUAAAAUGAACAGAUUUGUAAGCAUAAAAAAAUAUGGCAUGCUAGCUCCAUCCUGGUGGUGUGGUGGACUAAUUCCAUGGAUAGAUUAUAGGUUCGAUUCUCACUGAUGCUGUGUCACAAUGAAAAAUAAAUGUGUUUGCAUGAUUAAUGCAUAAGGAAAUGUAUUUCCAUGUGUCCUAUCUGUGCAAGUAACCCACUUGACAACUAACGCAAAAUCAACAAAACAAUUCACAAUGUCAUUGGAUUUAGGUUAAAAGUUUGGUGAAAAAAAAAAGAAACUCCCUUCUGUUGACUUUUUGCAAAUCCAUUUGGUUUCCCAUGUUGAUUGAACAUCAUCACAUAGAAAAUGUUUUUAAAUGACUUGGAAACAUCAUUGAUUCAACAAGUUUCUGCGCAGUAGGAAAAGUCACAUUCAGUGAAUGUUUUAAGGAAGUUAUUAAAAAACCUUGAAAUAACCUAUAAUUUCCAUUCUCAGAGCGUUAAAGAAACCUCCCAGGAAUACUUUCAAGGAACCAGAGUAAAACAUUCUCAGAACCUCCUGAAACCUAAAAAUAAACCUUCCCAGAACAGGUUCACUUCUGUUCUCGUAACGUUUACCGGUCAGGAAACGUAUGGACUUAAUUCCCACAACCAAUGUGAAACCAAAAACAUACUUUACCACAACUUCCAAGGAACCAAAUGUGCUAGCUGGGGUCUCUGCUCAAACAGAAACCUUGUGUGUUUAUUAAUAAAGGCACGUGGUAUAGCUUAUGAGUGUGUAGGCUCUAUUUCUUUUAUACCAACUUUUUUCAGCCCUGCAUCCCGCUAAAGGACAUGCGUUUGAUUACACUUUUCUAUAGAGAGUGGUUGUUGUAUAGCGCCCAUAGUCUAAUGUAGCAUGAAGGAUGCUAAAAAUUGAUGUGUUCUAUUGGUACUGAAGACAUCUAUCUAUUGGCUAUUGUUGUUUAUUGAUAUCUAUUCAGCUACAGUAUAUGAAAUUAACAGACAGUUUACUGGAAUAAGUAGAGGAACUACUUAAAGAUGCAUACAAACAGUAUAUUGUAACAUAUAUUUAUUUGACCUUUAAUAGUUUUAAUUGUGAUGUGUAUAGGGAGUAUUUGAAUACUUGUUGAUACACAGAUAGAGUAUCCAAAUAUAUCAUACUGUUCUGUCCCACUGGGAACCAACUGGUUGAAUCAACGUUGUUUCCACAACAGUUCCACAAAUAAAUGCAAUGUUUUUCCUUUUGAUGAUGUUGAAUCAAUGUAGAAGAUUAAUUGGAUUUGCAAAAACUCAACAACGUACAGGAAUUUUGGAUUUUUUUGGUCAACCAACUUUUAACCUAAAUAAAAUAACAGUCUAAGCUGCAGAAGUGAUUACUGAGAGAUCAAGAUUCUAAAUGAGGGGAGGCAUGAGUUCCCCUUAUUGCAACAAAAGUGAAACUUUAAUUAAACCCUUCUCCUAUUUGUUUAAAAUGCAAUUUUGUACUGUUACAGUUGUACAUUUUUAAAUAAAAGCUUAUUCCAAAUUUAA